AUGCCGUGGCACCCGCCCGAGGGCCACGGCUGGGCGGUCGUGUACCCGCUGCUGCGAGACGUCUUCCUCUCGCUCGGGCUCCUCUCUCUCGGCUCGUGCGCUGCGGUAGUGCUCUUCUACCGCGCUCUGCCGCAGGCGUCGGGCCUGUGGCCUCUCCUCCUCACUCUCUCCGUCUUUGAGACGGCGGCGGUCGGCUGGCGGCUGCUGAUCUACGUACACUCCCUCACCAUCUGCCGCGACCCGUACAUGACUAGCAAUGCAUGGAUGAAUGGCUUCGUGCUCUAUGUCUACCCGCUGCUCGUCCUGCUCUUUGCGGCGGGCGUGUCUGCGGGCGCCUUCUUCUACGCCACGCGGGCCGAGUACGGCAAGCACAACCUGCAGGCGGGAGAUGCGGCACUCCUCUUCCUGGGCAUCACAUGUGUCGUGGUGCCGUGUGGCGCCUUCGUCGGCAUCGGCCUCUCCCUCUACCUCGGCACGCUACGCGACUGGGAGUGGCUCGACAUCUCGAUGUCCGUCGAGGUCUCUGAGGGCGACAAGGCGGCGCUCGCGGAGAUGGUCGCCGCCGACGCCGCCUUCCUCGCCGAGCAAGGCGCGCUCGACUACUCGCUGCUCGUCGGCAUCCACCGCGUCGAUGGCAGCGGCGGCCGGCUGGCGGCGCUGCUCGAGCAGGGCGGCGUUGCGUCGACGGACCGCCAGUGCGUCUACUUUUUCGGCAUAAUCGACGUGCUCGAGCGCCACUCGCUCCGCUGGAAGGUGCAGCGGCUGCUCCUCAGCCUCGGCUACCGCGCCCUCCUCCGACCCGCAGACGCCGACGGCAUCUCGGCGCUGCCGCCCGCAGAGUACGCGGACCGCUUCUGCACCUUCAUCGCCUCGGAGGUGCUGCGCCGCGAGAUGCAGACGCACGGCGGCGGCAACGGCGGCGGCGGUGGCAGCGAUAGUGGCGGCGGUAGCGGCGACGGCGAGAGUGGCGGCGGCGAGAGCGGGAGCGGCGGAGGCGAGAGCGGGAGCGGCCGGCCGGCUGCGGGCUUCGGGCGGUGGGGCCCGCUGUGGCAGCGCAGGCGGCGCGGCCUCGUGCAGGCGCGGAUCGAAGGCGAGCACGCGGACCACCUGCGGCGCAUCUCCGAGCUGGAGCAGUCGCUCGUCCGAGCGAGGCACGACGCCGCCGCCGCCAUCGCGCGCGCGACGGGGGCGGCCGAGCUGCCAAGGCCGCCCGAGGCGGAGCGUCCGCCCGAGGUUGCGCCGCCGUCGACGCCGCCGAGGAGGCUGGGGGCGGAAGGAGCAGGAUAGGAGAGGCGAUCGCGAGCACGAUGCAGCCGUGUGGUAUUUUGGGGGGCUUAGACGUUAGAGUCUCUGUCUCGCUCUCGCCUCGCUAGUACGGUAUGUAUGUACAAGCUACAACUCGUCUC